UGGAAUCAUUUCAUCCUUGUUGUUUAUCAAAUAUCAAUCAAGGAAAAGCUUGAUAAUUGUUAGUAAAUGCACCAUAAUAGUGCACCUGUUGCUGAUAUAUCUUGACAACAGCUCAUAGCAUAUCUACGAAAUUAUGUAUAUAUAUAUCAAAUUACAAUGUAAUAAAAAUAACAAUGGCGAGACAAAUCACGACGGUGCUGAUAGAUCUCAGCGGGACGUUACACAUUGAUAACACGGUUAUUCCUGGUGCCGUACAAGCAUUAAACAGACUACGAAAUGCAAACUUGUCAAUUAAAUUUGUCACCAACACCACCAAGGAGUCAAAUAAUUAUUUGUAUGAACGUCUGAUAAAACUUGGAUUCGAUUUACGGAAAGAAGAGAUUUUUAGUUCUUUAAUAGCUGCGAGAAAAUUGAUUAUUUCUCGACAAUUGAAACCAAUGCUGUUUAUUGAUCCAACAGCAAUGGAGGAUUUUCAAGAUUUAAUAACAGAUAAUACUCCUGAUGCAAUUGUGAUUGGUCUAGCACCAAGCAAAUUCAAUUAUGAAGAACUGAACAAAGCAUUCAGAUUGCUUUUGGAUGGAGCUUCUCUCAUAGCCAUUCACGAAGGACGAUAUUACAAGCGUCCCGAUGGCCUAGCUCUAGGUCCUGGGGCAUUUAUUAAAGGACUAGAAUAUGCUAGCAAUACGAAAGCAGAAGUUGUUGGUAAACCAACCAUAGGAUUUUUUAAGGCAGCUUUAGAAGAAACAGAUCCAGCACAGGCUGUAAUGAUUGGAGAUGAUGUAAGAGAUGACAUAGCUGGUGCACAGGCAGCUGGGAUCAGAGGUAUUCUGGUACAAACUGGUAAAUAUAGAACAGGAGAUGAGAGCACAAUUACUCCAGGACCAGCAAAAGUAUGUGCUUCUUUUGUGGAAGCUGUUGACAGUAUUCUUAGUAAAAGUAUUUAAAGAUUUGUAAUUUGAUAAAAUAAGUGACAAAAUA